GGUCACAGCUUCCGUGUUUCGGGCAAUGGAUGUUGUUUGCAUGUGCACCGCUACCACACGCUGGCCGCUUCCUUGUCCGAUGUUCUCUUUGCGUUGUUCGACAUGCCCCUUCACCAGCAUUCACCCCGGCUUUAUGCACUCACCGCGUUGUGCUGCGUAGGGUGUAGAACCUAUAUAGUUCCACGUGAAUCUGCAAAACAAGACAAGGUUUUCGCCAUUACGUUUCGUCUCCUGAAGAAAUGAAUUGCCGUGGUGCUUACAGACUAGAAGACAACUAGCACUAAUUUGUACGGAAUGAUCGAUUUGGUUUUAAUCAUGCAACUAUACCCAGGUGUCUGGCAGGCAAUGCCGUUUGUGCGAUCAGUGGAAUUUCAACGCGAACUUUCAUGGUGGAAGCAACUUGUACAGCGGCUGGUUAAAACCGAAGAAAAAGCAACACGGAUUGCUCUGCAGCAGUAUGUAGAUGCCAAAGGUGGCUGUUGCAGACAUGCGGCCCCAAAGAUUGGCGUCUCCGGCCAUCGCCGCCGUGUCCGUCGUUACGCUGCUCGUUGCCAUAGAGACGGGAGUGGAGCGACGAGACGGCGUCGUCUACCUCGACGUUGACUUUGGAGACGGAGAUCCACUUCGGCGCCUGCCGCUCACCGGUCUUCCACAUUUACCCGAGUAUACUACCUCCUGCGAGAAAUCUUCGACUACACGGUGUUGGAGGACGCGCCUAAAGUAUAUCUACAAGAGGGAAGGUCAGUAUCGUCCGAGGGUGACGGCAUUCUUUCACGGCGGCAACGUCACCAGGACUGCAGAGGUCCAACAGGUGAUCAGCGUCUACAAGGACCUCCGGCGAGACAGGAACGAAUAUGAAUUACUCUUUGCAAGUCACAUUUCUGAGACUAAGAAGGGACAAAACAUUUGCCUGAAGAACGUACCCGAGGGCCUCGAUAUCACUGUCCAGUUCCGAGUGGCACAACAUUCUGCCAACGAAUCAGAGGAACGAAGCUUACUUACGUCAUCGUCACGUUGUUUUAAGCAUACCUUUCUGCGACCUGGCGUUUACACAGUGGACGUUUUCAUUAAGAACCCUGUCAGCGCCAUCCAGCACAGCAAAGUGAUCACGGCCCACGACAAGAUAUCGGGGCUAGCCAUCUUAAUACUUGGCCAUCGAGAACCGAUCCAUCUUAAGACGGGCAGGCGUGUCACACUCCGAGGAACUUUCCUAACUGGCUCGAGCGUGGUGUGUCUCUGGAGCAUAGACACCCAUCUAGCAAUUUCGCCACAGCUGGACGCGAAUGACAUCUCCAACUGCACUAUCACCUUCCUGGCGCUGAGGCAUGGAAAGUACGAAGUUGAACUCUCUGCAUCGAAUCCACUGGGAAGUACUUCGCCCGUACGGCUGUCGUCGGGCAUACUCGUUCAAGACGCCUCAGAAGGCUUGCAUCUCUCCGUGCCCCAUGCUGUUCGCUGGGGUUCGCCCUUCACAGUGACUGCUACACUGUCCCAAGGAACGAAUGUGUCUCUCACGUGUUAUGUUUCGCCUGUGUCCAGAACGAUGCUGGCGAACUUAGGAAAGUCCAUGAGGCCAAGACCGUCGAAGGCGUCGAAGAGUUAUGCUGCGGUGUUGGCGGUGAGGACAACGGGUCGUCACCGUAUUAGAGUUCGCGCGUCCAACAAAGUGUCUUCUUCGUGGGUGACUCGUUUGGUGUAUGUCUGGAAGCCUGUGUCGAGACGUCUCCACCUGAGGACUGUUGGCUGUGUUCGUCGCGGUCGAGAGAACUCGCCUCAACUGAGAGUCGGCGUCAUUGGAAGGGGAGGUGGUUUCUACUACCAGUCGGGAGCCUUAUUCCAAUGGAAGUCCGACGACAAAGAACCCUUCCAUACCACUUCAGUCCCGUACUUCGAUGUCCGACUUCGCAAAUCCAGUGCCAGACCACGCUUGCUGGUGGCCAAAGUCACCAAUCCUGUGUCGAGCAUCACUUUGGAGACGAAGCUGAACGCAGCUGACUGUCGAGUCCCAGCCCUCAGGUGUAGGGUUAGAAGCAGCGACCCUGGAUUUGUCACCGUCUACUUCACGAAGAAGCUUACAAGCUCCGCCCUUAGCUCCCGGACACUCCAAGUCAUCUACCAGACCGCUGGGAACGCGCUGAAGGAAAUCUCCGCAAACGUCACCAUCCUUGCAAAGGCCGCCUCUGCUAGAUGGUCCCAGCGAUUCAGCUCCGAUGAUGCGGUCGUCCUGGUCACCGUCCGGAGCUUCCCCAUCGUGCACUGCGUCGUCGAGUUUCGCGACGCCAAGAAGAGUGGGACGUCCGCCGCCAUCGUCGGGCCUUCGGUCGUCUCCUUAUACGGAAUUUCGGUGCCGUACUCUUGGGAGGCGUCGUCCACACAUCGACCGCUGCGGAAUCCACCGUUCGUCUACUAUCGAUGGGUAUUUGCCGGAACUUCGCCUCAAGUCAUUGGACACGAGCGGUUUACAACGGCGCCUGCUGCUCCCGGAGUCUACGCCCUGACGUUGUCCGUCUUCGACUUCAAGGGGAGACCGCAACCGGAACUUGCCGCCUCGAAGAAUGUGACGGUGGUUGAGUGUGUUGCCAUCGAGGAGUGGACGGCGUUCCCGACGACUUUUGGGUCCAGUUCCGAGUUCGCCCUGUCUGUUACUGGGACUCCGCCUAUAAGUAUCCAGGUGACGUUUCCCGACGGCAGCCGACGGUCCUGGAUAGCUGGAGAAGUUCCAUGGAUGAUUGGCUUUGAGCACAAGUUCGAUGGGCGAGGUUUAUUCCCGGUGCUGGUGAAUAUCACCAACGCUGUGAGCACCGUGACCAAGUCCGUCGUCGCAGCCAUUGAGACGCCAAUGUCGCGUCUAACAGUGAGCAGGAGAGCCUAUUCGGAUGUUGUUGCCGUGCUGGAAGAAGUGGUCUUGGUGGCGGCUGUUGAAACCGGCACGGGAAUCGAGUUUGAAUGGGACUUUGGCGAAGACACCGUCGGACAAUACACCACGGUCGUGAGCGAAGGGAAGUCGAGCGUCGCACGACACAUCUUCGGCGUCCCUGGCGUCUACGAAGUCACCGUGACUGCCCGAAACGCGCUCUCCAGGGAGCCUCUAACUGCACGUCUCAAUCCAGCAAUUAAAGUGGUCGAACGUAUCAACCAUCUCCUCUUGCGCGUCCUGCAGCCUCACGAUGUCAUUCCGUUGUAUCGCUGCGAAGACCUGCCUCUGUCUCCAUCUGGCGCGAAGAUCAUCCCGAGCGGCUCUUUCGUAACAGGUAUCGAAGAACCAAAGCAUCAGGUUUCAUUGAAAAGGCGCUUCGUAAGUGAGAGUCUGCGAAAAACACCUCACAAUGGGCGCAGACAGUGGACCGGCCGUCGGCACGUCGAACAGCAUGCAGCGUCGGUCAGUGCCAGGCAGGCUGUCAAGCCGUCGAAGCCGUGCCAAUCAACGGAUGAACUCUUGUUCGAAGCGUGGGUUGGAAGAGGAUCGGACGUUGUUUUCACCUUCCACUUCGGCGACGGCAAAACGCAGCGCGUGGAAAGUUACGUGGACACAAGGUCGAUGGCCGUGGCAGCUGUCGGUCAUCGCUACGAGACAGGCGGCUCAUUUUUGGUCUCCGUGACGGCGACGAACCCUCUUGGGAACGCCAGUCGUGUAAUCGAUCGGCCACUACUCGUACAGAGCCCGCCCGAAGGUCUGGCGUUGGACCGACAGCGGUACUUCGUCCUGCGAGACAGCUCGCAAACUUUCCGUGCCCUCCUCGACAGGGGAACCAACGUCACUCUCGUCUGGACCAUUAUCGACGUCGCCGAUUUUAGACAUCAAGGUUCAUCGUUAACUCACAGAUUCGAACAUUCUGGAACGUACACUCUCGCAGUCGAAGCCCACAAUCGGUUGACGGAUGAGUUGUUUCUGGAGAGGCCGAACGUCACCGCAACCGUCUUCGUUCAAGAAAUUCUCAGAGACGUUCGGGUGUGCCUUGGAACUGCAGAACAAGAUCUCUGCUCCCCUGGCGAAUUCAAAGUACCACUGGAACACACCGCCAGUCUAACCGCUAUACUGGUACCAGCCAAUCAGACGGAAGUCAAAUACUUAUGGUUCUUGGGAGGCAAUGCAGUUUGGUCAACAGAGAAGCCCUUCUUACCUGAGGCCUUCGACAAACCUGGAACAUAUCUCGUGAACGUGACCUGCCAGAAUUACUUCAGCAACGUGUCAUCUGCCCUUCUGACGCUUCAUUUUGUGGAACGGCUGAGCGACCACAGAGGGAUCCAUCAUGGUGGACCUGCUCUCCUGCACAGGCCCGUGCACUUCCAGGCAUUUUAUCGUCUUGGCUCGAAUCUAACGUUUCGCUGGGAUUUUGGUGAUGGAUCGGACCCUGUUGUCGUGCACUCGUCGCACGUCUGGCACAUCUAUAACAGGACCGGCGAGUACUGGGUCAAAGUGGUGAUGUGGAACGCAUUCAGCCGUGCAGAAAGCGAGACGAACGUAUUUGUGCUAGAAAAGCCCUGCAACAAACCGGAAGUUGAAAUCCAUCCUUCCUUCUCACAGCGUCCCUUGAAUGAUCCUACUUACCUGGAGACGAAAGUGACAACGCGCUGCAAUACAUCCGUACGGGUUGAAUACCUGUGGACCAUCUCGAGCAGCAACGGAUCGGCCCUGCUCCUUGAUGACCUGAAGGAUGCGGCUACCAGGAAAGACCUGGUGCUACCAUCUGGUUAUCUCCCUCAAGGAACACACAAAGUAUCUUUGAAGGUGCGAAUGAAAGAGACGAUUGUUUAUUCGGUGCAAGAAGCGACACUGCUCGUAACCGAACCAACGAUAUCAGCCACGAUCUAUGGAGGGAUUUGGCGAACCGUUGAUUUCCACAGUACCGUCUCCAUGUCUGUUCGUGUCUCUACCGAUCGUGAGAGAGAGGAGAGAGGGACAACUAUCGACUGGAAAUGCGGCGUGUUGAACAGCUUCGGAACGAGAUGCUUCGACCGUGGGCUCCCUUGGAAUCCGGGAGCAACGGGCUUUCAUUUCUCACCGCAAUAUUUCACGAGACCUCAUAACUCGUACGUGUUCAUCGCCAACCUAACCGAGGGAACUAGGUCGACGACUGUGAAGCAGGUCAUCGAAGUGAAGAUGCCUGAUGUACCAAUUAGGGCAGUUCGCGCAAUAUGCGUGACUUGCAACGGAUCCGAAGCGAACGCGGAAGAACCGGUUGUUCUAAGCGCCGACUGCUACGACUGUUCGAGUGAUUCUGACGAGUUCUGGUGGGACAUCUGGCUCUUUCACGAAGGCGACCCAUAUUAUUACGACGGCGAGCGCGGCCGUGACCAGCGGUACAGAGCAACGCGUGGAACGCACGCUGCGGUCGCAAACGCCACGAACAGCAAGAAAGCUUCUAAGUUCUUGGACAACGAUCCAGGGAAAGCGAUGCAGCACAUGCCAGCGGCAGGCCCCGCGUUACUACCAAGUUAUCACCGCGUUAAGGCGUCGACGACCACGAAAUCCAGUGCGGGCUACGUGCCUGGUGCACAGCGCCCCUAUAUUGGUGAUGAACUGCACGUGUCUGCUGAAGGGAUGCCGGGUGAGGUUGGAGAGGCAUCUGCACGACACCUCAAAACGUACGAUUUUGAGAGGACUCCUGAAGAAGGCGACGACGCUUUCCAGCACGUCGGUGGAAGCGGCGGGAUGUGGCACAAUAGCGCCAGUGCACGGGCGCAAACCCGUCGGCCAGACAUUAGCAACAGGGAAUACUACGUGGAAGUUCUGAAUGGACAAAGCGUUAAAAUACCACUCAGCGCGUUCGUUGCUCCUUCUGGACGCAGCACUACGCGCUUGGUGCUGCGUCCUGGGGCACUGAAGCCUGGAAGUAUUUAUCGUGCUCAGGUCUCUGUCAUCGACAAGGAAACGCAAAGCGUCGUGGGUAGCGCAAUCCAUGACCUCCGGGUGCCAGUAGGACCACUGGAGGGCCAGUGCAACAUUGUGCCAGCUGCGGCGACCACGUCGGACGUGCCGCUCGCAUUGAGCUGCGUCGAGUGGAAGAGUUCGCACCGGCCACUCUUUUAUGAGGUGUCCUACAGUCUCACGGAAGAAGGUGCCCCGUUCCCGGUGUACGCAGGAUUUAGGAGUGACGUCAAGUUCGUACUUCCACCCGGCGACCGCUCGAAAGACGCCAAAGUGUACAUCAAGGUUGCUGUAUCAGACCGAAGAGGAAUUCGUACAAGUGUCCGUUUAGUGGAAAAGUCAGUUACUGUUCCGGCGCAGAACAUGUCCCUUCUAAACUACGUGCGCAAUGCUAUUCAUGUACGGGGGUCACGUUUGAACAGUGCACUCGGCACGCAAGACACCCAGGCAGCACUCAAUGAAAUACACGUCUUGUCAGAGUUGCUUCAUAUAACAGCGAAAAACUCCGAAGUGGGCAACAAGCGGGGAAAGGUUAUGCGACGUCUCAUUCAUAUUGUGAAGAACAUGCGUCUGCCAAGCCUGUAUUUGAAGGCAUAUGCAGGGCUCGUGGUGUCCUCAAUAAUUAUGCCAGCUCAUGAGAUUAUGCGCAACGAAGUAACCGAUUUGAUGGCGAUGGCAACAGAUUUGGCAGAGCCCACAGUUGAAGUUUUUCCUGUGAAUAUUCAUAAUUUUUUCAUCUCUUCAAUCACCACACUCAUUGGGAACAUCCUGAAAAUGGCAAAUCAUCUUGGGAUUCACGACAAAAACCUGAUGACGCAAUCCAUAAGCCUCAUUAAGAAAUCGGCACAGCUGUCAUUGAAGAAGCUGGAGUUGACACAUGAUGAUCUCCAGUGGUCAACAACGUGGAUCUCCAUUUCUUUAGGCAUUUUGCGCAACAGGCAUAUUACACCUAUCCACACUAAAUGGGCUAAAAUAUUUGCAGAGACUACAAUUGACCGUAGGCCACACAGCAUACAGAGAGGAUCACUGCUGUCCACCUGCAAGGCCAUACAUGUGUAUUCGUUUCCUUAUCUACCGCUCUAUGGAGGUGACUUGUCCAUAGAAUCCCAAACAGAACAUUGUUCAGCAGCUGCUUCUUUCUUGGAUACCUCUUCUUGCAAUCAUUUGCAAACAAGCCUCCAAACAAGUGAGCUGUACAGUGUGCACUUUCUGCGGAGCACUCUUAGAUGGCUACAGGAAGAAGAACAAAAAGAAGAAUUUGUUAUCCCAGUGGGCUUUGCAAGAGUUCACACCAUUAAUGUGUCUGCAGAACUGCUAUAUCACGCCCUCUACGUGAGAUUUGACAUCAUCGAUGGUGCAAGCAUAAUUGAAAUUUAUCAAAGUGACAGCAGCCUGUCCACCAAACUUGAUGAUGCAGAAAUUCGAAGAAGUGGCCGAAUUGUCGAAAUCUUUUUGCCUGAGGAAAGGGUCUCCGAUCCUAUAUUUCUAAACGUGGUGAUUUCUAGAAAAAGGCGUGAAAAUUUGCUGUGGAAAAUCGCGUACGAAACCAGUACGAUCACGUACACCGCGCAAGGAUUCUGGCAGAAGUGCCUCAGUUACGAUCCUGGAGAGAACACUUGGAGGCAGCAGAACUCUUCAGUUAAGGCCACCACAGACGUAGAUUACGUCCACUGCAUUGGUCGCGAACCUCUCAUGGGAAUGCAGAGCGUCGCAUUACACCUUCAACAAACAGAUCUUCCUGUGGCGAAUCUCAUUCCAUAUCCACUGAACAUGCCCGUGAUACUCUUCCUCGUAUUCAUCUUCUUAACGUUCAUGGCACUUACACGUCCGGUCUACAAGUUCGAACGCUCAAUGAAAUACAGGAAACACGUUGUGACCUUGCAAGAUAAUACCGAGACAAUGCACGCCAAGAUAUACAUUGUUACUUUGAGAACAGGUCCUUAUUUUUAUGCUGGAACGUCGGCAACAAUUUUUCUUACCCUCCACGGCACAAAAGGCAUGACUGAGCCAUACGAACUGAAAGAUCCAGAUGAGACAACUGGCUUGUUUCAGAGAGGGUCGAGAGAUGCCUUCAUCGUCAGUGCUAACAUUGAGCUCGGUGAGAUCUGGAAAAUAGAAAUAUGGCACAAUAAUGGUGGCCCAUGCCCUUCGUGGUUCCUACAAGAUGUCUUCGUCACUGACUGUGCUACAGGGAGGAACUUCUACUUUCACUGUUAUGACUGGCUUGCCGUGGACAAAGGGGACGGAGAAGUACAGAAAGAGCUCCUUGCCUCUCCUUGGCGGUGCAAUUUAAUUCAGGAAUUACACAUGAACCUUUCGGCUGCACUCAAUGAUCAUCACCUCUGGAACUCAGUCCUGAGCGCCCCAAUAUGCACGACCUUCAGCCGAGUGCAGAGGCUUGGAGCCUGUUUGUCUACGCUGCUGUGGUCUGCAGCUCUUUGUGCAAUGUGGUUACAUUACUUUGAGCCAGAGCCCGCCCCACAUGCUAGGGUUCUGAGGCUCUCCCACUGGAGGAUUCUGCAAGCAGUAGUGAUAGCGAGCACAGUACAUGUAGCGCACCAAGUACAAAUUGCACUUUUGAGAAACUCCAGAUAUCCUUCGGUACCAGGAACAAUUGUCAAUCGGAUCACCGCUGUGCUUUCGCUUUACAAUCCGUUUGCCACGUGGAAACGGAACAGGACCCCUUCGGAUUACAGCGGUUCAGAUCCAGGUUCAGCCUUCGUGUACAGCAGUGAGGAGUCCUUGUCAACCUAUGACGGCAGGUCUCUCACGUCAUUCACUGAUACAACCGUUUCGGAGACGCCAAAAGGAUCUAACAGGAUGGAUCAGAAUGCAUCAGUAAAUUCUUUAGCGCCUUUGGAAUCUGCCCUGUUAAAGUGGCAUCAUUUUAAAGUGUGGGCUCGAAGGCAUCCGACAUUGGCAAGUUCGCUCGGUUGUGAAAGCCCGAACCACGAAGAUCCUGAUCAGCAAAACCCACAUCGGUGCCUUGAAGAGAAGUCGACCAUUGUUAGAGAUGCUCGGAAUGAAGAAUAUGUUUCUGAGAUGGCAUACCAAGUGCCUUCAAUUGUCACGGAUGACACAGAACCUCUCCCCAGCUGGGUGUCAGUUUUUGCGUGUGCUGUCACAUUAUGUGGAAUCUGCACGUCAACAGUUUUAGUCCUUAGCUACACCCGCACCUUUCAGGUGUUGUGUAACACACUGUGCCUUCAACUCACCCUCCUGUCUGUCAUCUUUUCUGUAGUUCUUUUAUACCCUAUCCAGGCAUUCUGCAUAGCUCUUCUUCGCACUGCACAGUCGUGCCUUCGCCAAGAAAGUGCCUUCAUUCUGAACUGCAAGUGUGGUAAAGGUGUAAGGAAACUCAUUGAGUGCUACACGAAAAUACGCCGCGCCAAGGGGUGCCACCUCACCGGCAAUCUGAAAUCCGCGAGUGGAACUUGGAACACUUACGCUCCACGAGCACCGGAGAGCGUUCUGAUGCACGCGAGAAAUGCCGCUCUCUGGACUUCACGUGCAAUUCGCUCGUUCAGGUACUUCGCGAUAUGUGCGGUCACCACAACCCUCCUGCUCCAGAUUUCAUUUGAAGAGGAUUUAUCUGCAAAGUACAGACAGAAAAUGGCUAUUUUGAAUACGUUUCAGAGAUCCACAGGUACGAAAUACAGUAUGGAGUGGUUCGCAGUUUCUGUUGUUCCGCUUCUGAGCACCAAAAUGGCGCCGCAUCUGUGGAGUUAUACAGGAAGCGUCUGUGCAUCAGCUGUGCAUAUAUAUAUCCGAGACGCAUCGAGAACGGAUGAUGAACGGUCUCUAACGACGUUGUGUAGCUCAAACGAAUGUUUCAAUAACCUUCGCAGAGGUGACUCCAUUGGUGAGGUCAGCAUGGAAAAUGUUACUGCAAGCGCCCUACGGUUCGUUCUCUACAAUCCUGUACCCAAGCACCUGAGCGCUGUCACACUUAUUCUCAACAAAGUCGGAAGCAUGAAUAUCCAACUACAUGCAGACGCCGUUGUGUCAAGCUAUGGUGGGCACUCUUCCUUGCAAUAUGAUCUGUGGAAGGUUGUACUCGUGCUUACUAUUCUGUACCACGCUAAGGUCCUUUUGUGGAGGAUUAUCAAACUGCAACGACAAGCAUUCUCGAACUAUUGGAACAUCUGCGACACUGUCUUCUCUAUUGCCGGUCUGUGCUACAUUCUAUGCAACCUGCUUCACGCCAUUACAUUGGAGGAAGUGUCUGUUGCAGUUAAGGAAAACACGACGGAAUUAUUUCAUGCUGUCGUCAUUCUCUCACUCUAUGAACAGGUUGCAAGCUCUCUCCUUGGGGUCAUGCUGUUUGUAAACAUGAUCAGCGUCCUCCGAGUCUUCCUUGAAUAUCGUCAAGAGCAGAUCUCAAACUCCCUUCGUGUGAUCAAGAAGACAUGGCGCGUCGUAUUUAUGCUUGGGCUGUCGUGGUUGGUACUGAUGAUAGCGAUAUCGUGCGUACAUCAGACAGGAAAGCGGCGAGGACUGCUGCACCACUGUAUUAGGUUCUUACAAAUAUUCCUUCGAGGCAUCGGCGUCACGGUUCCAUUCGAUUCUGAAUAUCCAUGGUGCCACGUGAUCGCAGUGCUGGAGAAAGGAGUCCUACUCGGCGGCACGGUGCUGUUUUUAUCUGCUGUUAGAACGACGUUGAUGCUUGAGACCCGCUUGUGUAAAUCGAGUCGCAACUGCGCGUCUCUGAACUGGAAACGAGCUGCAAGAUCGCUCAAGAAAGAUAUGAUGGUGGCGUUUGGAAAGUCUUAUUACGGCUGUGUUGGAAACGAAGACGGAAGAGCUGUGCCGGCGGAGUUCUUACUGCUGGAACUUCAAUAUCGAAUGGACGAGCUCCUGGAGAAAGCUAAUGCACUCUUUCCAGUUCACGCGCAUUGCGGCUAUGCGAUGCAGCCAGAGCAGGGAAACAAUCCUGCAGCAAUGAUCGGGCAACUUCGAGGAAGCCUAGAUGACAUAAGCAGUGACAUUUCCAGUGUCAUGUCUGACUUUUAUAAUGACGACGUGUUCAGCUACCCCCCAAGCCAGGUGUCUGUUCCAGAAUCUUGGGAGUUUCGUGGUGGCAGCAGCAGAAGAAGGCCACGCGCUCGCCCCGCCGUAACCCAUGGAAGGAAAAUGUCGUCGCCCAUCCGAAAGUGUCGUGUGAGGCGAACGCACGCCAUGCGCGAAGUUUUCAUUCCGCUUCCACCGACAUCAUCAUCCUCAUCUGGCGAAACGUCAAACCCGCAACGCCGAACCCUGCUGCAUCGAAUCAGAAGAACGAGGCCACUCAGCAAGGGGGCACUAAAGCAUUUGGACAUAGACGUGCUUUGCAAAACGAGGAGCACAAGUGGCUCAGAAAGAAGAAACAAGUAGACCAACACUGUUAUCAAAAAGAAAGUGAAAGAAUGUGCGCAUCAAUUGUCUGUACUUAGCGUUCCCGAAUGCUUAAGCCAGUGGCUUUGCAAAAAACACCGAAACAUCAUUUUCAUAUCAUUUAUUGUAUGUUUUUAAACUGUUUCAACAGGCCCUGUUUUUGGGACCGUGCAAUGUUUUCUUUUCUUCCUUUAUUUAUUUUUGUACUCUUCAAGCUGAAGAACUUUAAAGUGCCUUACCGCAGUGAUAUUUUUGUACCAAAUAUAAUUUACCAUUGAUAAACUCCAUCCUUGUGCA